UUGUGUUCGGGUCAGCUUCACUAGAAACCUGGUUUCAAACUUUCAACCAACCAUAAGGCUAAUCGAAAUCGAAGCUCCUCAAAUCAAAUGAAUUUUCUCUCUCAGCAAACUCCAACUCACAUCUGCUGUUCAUCUCCUUCCUCUUCCUCCCGCUUCCGGAGUUCUGAUUGCCUCCUCCUCCCGCCUCCGGAUUUCUGAUUGCUCCUCUUCCUCCUCUUAAAACCCUAACUAAUCUCCUCCAACAAAACCACCAUCUUCUGGUUGCAUCCUCACCUCUGGUCGGCGUUGUGGAUUUUCAAUUUGGGGGAUUUCCAACCACCUCUCCUUCUCUGCCGCUGCUAUUAUCGCCGUGGACGACACUUAAAGUCAAGUGGGAUUUUUAAUGGAUAAAGGAGUGCCUCCUACCUUAUUUGUCAAUGAUGGCUCGUUUAUGGAGAAGUUUAAACAGCUUCAUCAAGAUAAGGAAAAGGGUGCUGCAAUUGAGGAUUGUGGACCAAAAACAAAUGUACCAAGGAACUCAACUCCUAGUCCCAGUAGUAUUAAAAUUGGAAUGGAAAUUAAGCAUGUCAACCAGCGGAAAACUACUACAGUUGCUCCAGGUGGCAAGCUUGCAUUUAGCUUGAAACAGAAAUCAAAACUUGUGGUUCCUUCUGUAAAGUUGAGUGAAGAUGAUGAUGAAGAUGAUGCAGGGGCAGGAAACGGAUCAGAUGGAGAUUCUGUGAAACGACAGAAAUUGGGUCAACCAGAUGCUUCCGUUGUGUCAUCCAGGAAAAUUGACGUUGCACCUCCUUCCCCAAGUGAUCCUGCAGUGAAGAAAGCUGCAGACAGACUAGCAAGUUUUGUGGCUAAAAAUGGAAGGCAAAUUGAGGAUAUUACUCGCCAGAAAAACCCUGGAAAUACUCCUUUUAGAUUUCUGUUUGAUGGAGACUGUACUGAAUACAAGUAUUAUGAGUAUCGUAUUCAGGAGGAGGAGAAAUCACUAGCACUGAACAAGGACUUACAGACUACACAUAGUGGUGAUAAGAUCGCUUCAGCAAGCAUUGUUCCUCGAAGGGAAAAUAAUCCACAGUUAAAUUAUCACACACCAGCUUAUGUUUUGUAUGACGUAAAUGAAGCCAGUUCUGUUGAGACCACAUCUUCAAGAAGUGCAGAAUCUGGUUCAUCAGCUUCUGGAUCAGAUCCUAUAGCCAUGAUGGAGUAUUACAUGAAGAAAGCAGCAGCGGAAGAGAGGAAAAGACCACCUAAACAAUCACGAGAUGAAAUGCCUCCCCCAGCUUCCCUUCAAGUGCAAGCUUCUGGAAAGAGAGGUCAUCACAUGGGAGACUACAUACCACUUGAAGAGCUAGAGGGUUUUAUGGCAAAAUGUAAUGAUGCAGCUGCACAAAAAGCAUCCAAAGAGGCUGCUGAUAAGGCAAAAAUACAAGCCGAUAACGUUGGGCAUAAGCUUUUGUCGAAAAUGGGUUGGAAAGAAGGUGAAGGCCUGGGAAGUUCUAGGAAAGGCAUUGCUGAUCCAAUUGCGGCAGGUAAUGUAAAGAAAGACCAUCUUGGUGUUGGUGCCCAGCAACCUGGUGAGGUUACUCCAGAAGAUGAUAUUUAUGAGCAGUACAAGAAGCGCAUGAUGCUUGGAUAUCGUCACAGACCAAACCCUCUGAACAACCCGCGGAAAGCAUAUUACUGACGAAGACUAUAUAUGCUACAAGAAAGUUCUUAUUUGGGGUUAUUAAAGAAUUUGGCUAGUGAAAAAAGUUGUUCAAUCCAGGGAAAUUUGUUUAAUUUGCUAUAGUGCAUGUCAUGUAUACAAUACAAUACCAUUCCAGUGUAUCUUGUAUCUUUCCAUUAUGUCUUUAAAUUUCUUGUUUUAUGCAAGAUAAUUGAAAAUUUGUAUGAAUUGGAUUGGCUUUUGAUAUUUGAGUGGAAAUUCUCGA